GUUAAACAUUUCAAGGCUGGGUUGUGGUUACAUAAGGAGAAUUCAUUGAGAUGUGAGGCAGUGUAAAUCUCUCCACCGGUUACCAUGAUGAUCCUCCGCUCUGUCCUCCUGCUGGUACUUGGCAUCAACUCUGCUCAGGCACUUUACUACAGGGCACUGUGGCAGUUCAGACGUAUGAUCAUCUGUGCCAUACCUACUAGCUGGCCAUUCCUGGACUAUGGAAACUAUGGCUGCUACUGCGGCUGGGGUGGUUCAGGCACUCCCGUCGAUGACUUGGACAGAUGCUGUCAGGUUCAUGACAACUGUUAUGGUGAAGCCUUGAAGCAUAAAGCAUGCUGGCCUAUCUUUGACAACCCUUACACAGAGAUCUAUGCCUACGGAUGUGACAAAGCCACAAAGAAAAUCACCUGCAAAAAAAACAACACAGUUUGUGAGAUGUUCAUUUGUGAGUGUGACCGGAAGGCUGCUGAGUGCUUUUCUGCAUCUAAAUACAAUAAGGAACAUAAGAGACUGCCUAAGAGUCGCUGCAAAAAGAAAUGAAAAAGAUCUGUUCCCAUGAAACAAUUUGAAGUGUAUGCUCUCUGUUGUCAGAUAUUGAAAAUCAGUUUGAAGUAAACACUCCAAAUGAGAAUUACCGUCACCUCUGGUGCUUGAAAAUCAAUUAGAGAAGACUCCAAAUUAGAAUUACCCACACCCCUGCUGCUUUUGAAUAUAACAGCUUAGAUGUGUCUUAUUCCCAUAUACAACUGGAAAGGUACUUUCAAAAACAGCAUGUAGUUCCAUCAUGUACAUACCAUUUCUAAUAAAGUUGUUUCUAAACCUG